UCUGUAAGGCUGACUCUGGGUGAGAGGUCAGAUAACUACAUAAUUGGAGGCCCAAAAUAAACCACACACCUCACAGUCCACCACACUGAGGACAGCAGGACACAGAGCCGGACCGCGGGGGAUUCAUACCUAGAGAAAACAAGCUGUUUUGUACACGGAGUGAAUAGAAAUGAGAAGACAGCUCUGUGAUAUCGCCUGGUAGCAGGAAAUAUCUGUGAGUAAAAGGUCAGAAAAGGUCAGUGCCAUGCGUACCCGGGUCAUUGAGGUCUUAGAACACGCGCUGCUCAGCCUGCGGUCUGUUAAAGAGGUGUUUGAGCUCCUCUUUGGGGCAGUCUUCUAUUUUUUUGAAGCCUUUGUGCGACUCUUCGUUCCACACCCCAGGAAAGAUGUGGAGGGAGAAAUCGUGCUUGUGACCGGGGCAGCGGACGGACUUGGGAAACAGAUAGCGAAGGAGCUGGGACGACUGGGGGCCACCUUAGUUCUUUGGGAUGUGAACUGGGAGGCGCUGGACAAGACAGCUAAAGAGCUGCGGCAAAGCCUGGACGUGCGGGUUUACGCUUACGCUUGUGACUGCAGCCGCAGAACGGAGGUCUACAGAGUCGCUGAAGUGGUGAAGAAGGAAGUGGGAGACGUGUCCAUCCUCGUGAACAACGCCGGUGUGGUGACUGGAAAAUAUGCUUUCACGGAAGCUCCAGACAACCUGGUGGACAGAACACUGAGAGUCAACACUGCUGCCCACUUCUGGACUUACAAGGCAUUCCUCCCAGCAAUGUUACAACGGAACCAUGGACACUUAGUCUGCGUAUCUUCUCAUGGAGGACUGUUUGCCCUGAAUGGCCUUGCAGACUAUUGUGCAAGUAAAUCUGCAGCCAUUGGAUUUGCUGAAUCCAUCGCUCUGGAGCUGCUCGUCCUUAAGAAGGAGGGAAUCAAAACAACCAUAGUGUGUCCCUAUCUUAUCAACACAGCAAUGUUCCAAGGAUGCAGAACAAAGUGGCCAUCCUUGCUUCCGAUAAUGGAUCAGAGAGAAGCUGCAGAAACGAUAGUGGAUGCAGUUUUGAGGGAGAAGAUGUACUUAGCGCUUCCUGGAAGUUUGUAUUUCUUGAUGGUGCUGAAGAGUUUCCUGCCAGCCAAACUGGGCAUUAUCUUCAUCAACUUCUUUGGAGGGCUGGAUCUGAUGGACCACUUCCAUGGGGUUCCUGUGCCCACUGUGACCUACAAAAAGCCUCUACGCCAGAGAAGCGACAGCAGCAGUGACCCACAGAGCCUCACAUAUUAUGAGUAAAUAUGACAGUGAUGACUGUCAUGUUACAUUCAGUCCAGUUCAGUUCAGUUCAAUGUUCUCUUAAAAAAAAUACAUACAUAUGUAUGUGUGUGUGUAUGUAUGUAUAUAUGCC